GAGAGCUUCAGAAGAACUGAAUCUACUAACAACAGAGAAGAUCACUGAAUAAGAGAGAAGAAUGAAGAUCAUCUGGACUUUCACUCUGCUGAUGAUUCCUGGUGUGUUGAGCUCCAUCAGUGUGACAGGAUAUUCAGGAGGAGGAGUCAGCAUCACAUGCAGAUAUGAUAGAGGAUAUACAGUGAAUGCUAAGUAUUUUUGUAGAGGACAGUGGUCAGAGUGCACCGACCUCAUCAAGACGGAUACAAAAAAUGGUGAAAAAUGGGUUGAUUCUGGAAGAUUCUCUUUGUAUGACGACACAAGAGCAGCAGUUUUCACUGUGACCAUCAGAGAUCUGAGUGAAGAGGAUUCUGGGAUGUACCAGUGUGCCGCUGAUAUCUCUUGGGCUAAAGAUUUCUACUCUGAAGUGAAUCUGAAUGUUUUAACAGGUCAAAAAAUCAGUGCUGUGACGGGAUAUUCAGGAGGAAACGUCAUUAUAAACUACAAAUAUGAGACGCUAGAAGAGAAUCCUUUGAUAGACGUCUGUAAAACUGGAGCAGAUCAGUGUUUAACUCUAAUAAACACUAACAGAGCAGCAGAAUGGACACAUGUCGGCCGAUUCUCCAUUCAUGAUGACAGAUCUGCUCGUCUCUUACGUGUGUUUAUCAGACAACUGAAUGUGAACGAUUCUGGAGAAUAUAAGAUUGUAGUCAAAGUUUCUGAAGACUACAGUUUCUUCUCUGAGAUUCACCUGGACAUCAGAGACGGACAGAAGCCAGUUACACCACAGAUUGGAUGGUGCUCAGACCUCAUCAAGACUGAAGAGAAAAAUGAAUGGGUUGACUCUGGAAGAUUCUCUCUGUUUGACAACACAAGAGCAGCAGUUUUCACUGUGACCAUCAGAGAUCUGAGUGAAGAGGAUUCUGGGACACACCAGUGUGGAGUCGAUAUCCGUAUCAGUGAAGAUUUCUACACUGAAGUGAAUCUGAACAUUAUAACAGGUGAGUGA